AUGAGCUUCUCCCCUCCUCCUACCCCUCAUUCAAGGGCCUCAAAAGAGGACGAGCGGAGAUUCAAAACCAUUACCUCAACCUGCGAAUGGGUAGAAGAUUAUCGCCCAGGUGGCUAUCAUCCAAUUCAUCUUGGUGACGUCUUCAACAAUGGCCAAUACAAGGUCAUUCGGAAGCUCGGUGAGGGGUCCUAUUCAACGGUCUGGUUGGGCCGUGACCUGUGCAAUAAUAGAUAUGUCGCCCUGAAGUUCCUUGUUUCGGAGAUCUCGAGGCCGACUGAAGUACAAAUCUUACGACACAUCAAGAACCUCGCACCGGUGGAGUCACCCAAACAUAUCACGCAGCUUCUGGACGAAUUCCAGCACCACGGCCCCAAUGGAAUUCACAAUUGCUUAGUAUUCGAGCCCAUGGGCCCGAGUGUGAACACCAUGGUCGAAGAGCUGCCCCAAUUCAAACCCCGUAAGCGGGGCAUGAACGUCCGCUACCCGCCUCAAAUGGCAAAGAGCAUCCUCAAGCAGUCUUUACUGGCCCUAGCAUUCCUCCACGACAAUGGUAUUGCCCAUGGCGACUUCCAACCAGGAAACAUGCUCUUUACUCUCAAUGACAUAGACUCAACACCCGAAGAUACCAUCCGGCAGGAGGAAGACGUGCUAGCCAGGUCAAUAUCCCCCCCAGUACAGAGGCUAGACGGCAAAGAAGACAAGUGGGCCCCUCGAUACCUUUGCAUGGCGCAGCCGCUACAUAUUUUUAUUACGGAUCCGCCGGAAAAACCUGUCACUCCUCUCGGUCUUCGGGCUCCCGAGUUGAUUCUUACUGGAGCUGUUGACAAGACCCUUGAUAUAUGGAGUUUCGGCUGCCUUAUCUUUGAGCUUAUCACUGGACAUCCCCUCUUCUGGGCACCGGGAUCUGAGUAUGAAGAUGAUGACCAUCUCCUCUCCCUCACCGCCCGGCUAGGUCCCCUCCCCGACGAACUUUUCCACACUUGGGGGGUGGUGGUGGAAGGAGGCGAGCCGCUUGUGGUAGAGCAGACAUCUAUGGAGGAGUUGUUCGACCGAGCAGGCCCUGAUCUUGAGGGAGAGGAGGCGCACAAUGUAAAGGCGCUCGUACGAAGUAUGUUACAAUACGAUCCUGCAGAGAGGCCUUCGCCUACGGAAAUCCUAGCUAAUCCGUGGUUUCGUAAGAUUGAGGUUCAGAGCAGCCUUUAG